ACUCUGGCUGUUGUCGGGAGAUGCCGUGCUGCUCCUCAACUCCUCACACGCCCCAUACCCUAGGGCGCCACCACUCAUAUAUACAUCACUCGAGUGCAUUAUAAAAACGCACUCUAUUAUGCCUCACUCUUACAAGACACGAGGCGCAAUUUACAAACGAUUAACAGUUAAAUGAAAGCCUAAAUGAGAAGAAAAGCCGAUUAACAUCUAAAAUGAAAAUAAUAACGGUAGUGAGAAUAGGGAAAUAUAUCUGUAAGAUAAGUGACAUUACUCAAGUGUGAUGAAACAAUACGUGAGUCUUUUAAGUGUGUUUUAAGACAUUGCAUGAAUCUUCAAAUGUGAUGCUAGAAGAUAAAGGAAAGUAUAAGAUCGGGAAGGCGGAACUAGGCCUACCAGCGUUAUGGAAGGGGAACAUAGGCUGUUGGUGGUGCCUAUCUGGCUCUUACUCUCCUCCUCCAUCACACCUUCCGCUGUCGUCGACGCCAAACGACCAGGAGUGACGUCGGUGUGGGCGGUGAGCGGCGGGCGGGCGGAGCUGCCGUGUCCUCCCUCUCCUAAGGUGGUCGACGACCAGCCUCUCUUGGUGCUAUGGUACCUGUCCAGCAACACCUUCCCCGUCUACAGCUACGAUGCCAGGGUUGGGGAAUUCGAGGCCGGACAGAGGUGGGCUAACGAGGGUGUGCUGGGUGGGCGGGCGUUCUUCACCGCCCACGCCCACCCCCCAACACUAGUGCUGGAGCCCGCCCACGCCCACGACCAGGGCCUCUACACCUGCCGGGUGGACUACAGACUCUCUCCCUCCACCACCUCCGUCGUCAACCUCACCGUCGUCAUUCCGGCCGGGCCGCCCGUGGUGUUGUGGGGCGGCGUGGGCGUGCCCGGGGACCUGGGCCCCCUGGGUGAGGGGGAGAUGGUGCAGGUGGUGUGUCGUAGUGUGGGCGGCCGACCCCCACCUGUCCUGACCUGGUGGUGGCGUGGCUCCAGGCUUCCCAACCAGGUCACCAGCUCCACCACAAACCCCGCAUCAGAAGCGACGUCAGUGCAGGCAACGGUGGUGGUGGAGGCGACGAGGGAGAUGCAGGCAGCCACUCUUACCUGCCACGCCCACACGCCCGCACCCACCCACGCCAACGCCAUCCUUCAACCCCGCUCAACUUCAGUCACGCUCAAUAUUACCUUACCGCCGCUGGAGGUGAGGAUUCUGGGGUCCGGAGGGCCUGUGUCUGCCGGUCAGACACUAAGGUUGGUGUGUCGGGCUGUGGGCUCCCACCCUCCUGCACAAGUCACCUGGUGGCGGGGACACUCUCGUCUCACACACGUCUCUCACGCGUAUGAGGAGGGCGGGAAGGUGACGACGGCGACGCUGACGGUGGAGGUUGACCGGGACCACGACGGCGCCACCCUCGCCUGCACCGCCACCAACCCCCACCUCCCCUCACUCACCCUCACUCACUCCAUUAAGCUCAAGGUCUACUAUACUCCUGUCGUGAGUCUGGCGCUCAGCCGACACCUGGACGCCAGCCUCGUCAAGGAAGGAGAUGAUGUGUUCUUCGAGUGUUCCAUCCGGGCAAACCCCGUCAUCAACCGCAUCGACUGGUACCACAAUGGGGCGGAGGUGGUACACAAGGUGAGCGAGGGUGUGGUGGUGAGCGGCCUGAGCCUGGUGCUGAGGCGACUCCGACGGCGACACUCGGGCUCCUACACCUGCGCCGCCGCCAAUAUGCAAGGCCGGAACACCAGUAACGCUGUUCAUCUUACUGUUCGCUACUCUCCAGUGUGUGCUGGUGGCGUGCUCCAGCGUGUCCAGGGUGUGGCCAGAGGCACGCCCACCAUCAUCACCUGCAUGGUGGAGGCUGACCCCGCCCAGGGUGUGACGUGGGAGUGGGUGAGGCGCCUGGAGAAUGGUAUAGAACGCCAAGUGGCUGACCAGAGUGUAAGGAAAGAUGGACUCUCCUCCAGCGUCGUGGUGACUCCUCUCAUGCCAGAGGACUAUGGGGAGGUGUUGUGCCGUGCUGGCAACACUAUUGGUCGGCAGAGGACGCCCUGUGUAGUGACUCUGGUACCUGCAGGGCCCCCUGACACCCCUGCCAACUGUUCGGCCACCCCUACCGUCCGUACCGACCAAGAAUACAGUGCACACACCUCAUCCCUCACUGUCACCUGUUACGAAGGCUUUGAUGGUGGUUUCCCGCAAGAGUUCUUACUGGAGGCUUGGCAGGACGGUGAAAAUAUGGCCAACAUAACCAGUGAUUUUCCAGAGUGGGUUGUGGGCGGACUAGUAGGGGGGACGGGCGUGACGCUGCGCGUGACCGCUCUCAAUGCCCGAGGGCGGAGUGAGACCCUCCGUCUGGAGGUGCACACCGCCAGCGCCCAGCACCGUGCAGCCCACGGUACAGUAGACACGGAGAGCGCUGCCGUCGGUGUUCCAGCCAUGCUGGGAGCGGUGGUGGGCGUGGCCGCUGUGCUGCUGCUGCUCCUGGUGGUGAGUGUGGUCAUCGCUCGACACGCUCCUCCCCACAAGAACGCAAAUGGUCCGCACGACCACAUGCGGGCGGUAACUUCAGCCGGGGAUGGAUGGGAGUGCUAUGACCCAGACCUGGUGUCCUCGUCCCAGUGUCAACACCCCAGUCUAGAUGUGGUGGCCAACGCACACCACCAACACCAGUCCCUGGCACACGCACGUGCACAAACAGCCACACACAUACAGACCAAAGCUCAGACGCACACUCAAACACUCCCAAACACUAAACAUACAAAUGGACAAGUUGUGAAAUGUGUUGAUCAUACUCAAGAGGUAGCAGCAGUAUCUCAUGAAAGCGAGCCCAGCAGUGACUCUGAUGUGGAGUCAGUGGUGGAGGUGACUAACUCAACACCAGUGGGUCGACCCCAAAGGACUGAUAAAACCACUUAUAGAGCAGUGCCCACUAGAGAGCCAGGGCAGCCUACAGCUGGGGUAGCACCAUGUCUCACUCCUGCCCACAGCAACGAUCCCCUGAAUAGAGAUAGGCCUCACACCACGGAGAUUGAUGCUUCGCUCAUGCCUCUCACCAAAGGCACCGAUGUAUAUGCCCCUAAUUGCGCUCCUGCUAGUGCCGAAAGAAUAACAAAUUCUCCAAAGACAUUUAAGGCCAGUAAAGGUAUGACCAAAAAUCCAAAGACACGUAAUAGUAGAAAACUUGUGAGAUUUGUUGACAAUAAUGAAAACAACAAAAUGUCAGAGUUUCGACUACACAAGGAUGGGCAGACAGAGUCUCAAGGUGCCACAGCAUACAUUAAGCCUGCCAAAAGCACGAGUGUUAUAAUUCUUUCCAAAGAGGAGAAAAACAAAAAGUCUUCAGAAAUGACACCACCACCGAAACCACCAAGAGCAAUUAACCCCACCCUUGUCAGUGAUACCAAAGUUGAGCUAGGGAUUAAUCCCUCAAGCUCUCUACUUGCCAGACAUUCAGGAAAGCCUCGACUAUCACCACCAGCCGAACAUACUUCCGCUCCAGGUGUCUCCUCCAGCACCUCACCGAGGACUGCAGAGCAGCCUACACCAGCCGAGCAAGCUGCCCCCUGUGGAAACUUACACAACACCAACGUAGCUCCUCUUGCAGAAGACGAGGUGCGGGAUGCCUAUUCCAGCGUCCGGGAAACAGACAAGGGCCGUACGAGCACUGGGCAUGCCAGUCCUGGCAUCAUAGAGAGUGCCAUGUGACCCUUGCCUCCGAUAUGGCUCUCUGUUCUGCAUGUUAGCAAGAGAGCCAUGUCGAAGAAAUAAUAUUGAUGCCUGUAUCUUUAACUUAUAGAAUUCUUUGCAUUAGCAAGAAUCCACAUUAAUAUUGAGUUCUCCAGAGCGUUGGUUACAAAGUGGCUCUCAAGAGGACUGGGUGUGAAAUGUUCUCCAUAAACUGACAAGUCUCACUGACUGGGCCGAGAUGUGCAGUAACAGAGCUGACAUCAAUGAAAUAUUUCACGUCCACACUUAUAAUCAUAAUAAUAAUAAUAAUAAUAAUUUAUUUACAAGAUGGUACAAUGGGUUUGUGAGAUUACAUAAUAUUGGUAUUUUUACAUUCUUGGAAAACCACUAACACGCAUAUCGCUUCGUGCAGAGAAGUAAGAUCUUCCAUCACACGGACUUCAGUAGAAGUUACCUAGUUACCUAGAGCACUGCGUGGCUCCCAAUUCAUUUAGCUGACAUUGGUAAAAAACAAAAAAGUUACGGUCACCCCAAGAGAUGGAAUAUGCAUCUGAAAUAAUCUGAUUAAGGAGGCAUUCUACACAUGCCUCCUUAUUUCACCUCUGGUAAUAGCAAAAUUCUCCCACAAUGCUUGGCUUGAAACCGUCAUUUAGUACAAGUACCUACUAUUGUAUUUAAUUUAUAUUUUUUUACUAUUGUAAAAAUAUCCUUGAAUCUCUUGUUUAGUUCCUAAAGCACGCACCUGUCAUUCUUUGUAAAUCUAUCCUUCCUUAUCUUCAGUCUUAUCGACUGUUUCUUAGCUGUGGAUUUCAUUUUGAUGUGACUGUUAUGUAGUGUGAAUUGGGUCUUUGCUCUCUCCACUGACGUUUUCAAAAUUCUCCCUACUUCUCUUCUUACUCUUAAGGCAGUCAUUCCUGCCCCUCUAAUACCUGUCUCUGUUGUUCCUGUAGUGUGGUGUGUACCAGAUAAACUGAGGACCCCUUCCCCCCUCACUGAAUGUGCAGGCCUGAGAAUAAGCUUGUGAUGCAUGUAAACGAGUUAUCAACUCUAAUAUUUUUAAUGUCUGUAUAUGUUUUUUAUAACAAAAAGCUAUGUAUUUUUCUAACAGAUGAAUGUAAAACUUUUA